ACAACCCUCCAGUCCGCACAGAGUAGAAGAAGAAGAACAAGAUGGCGGAACGAGGAUAUAGUUUCUCCCUCACCACAUUUAGCCCAUCGGGUAAACUGGUCCAGAUUGAAUAUGCCCUGGCAGCAGUCGCAGCCGGAGCACCUUCAGUUGGCAUCAAAGCUUCCAAUGGAGUUGUCCUGGCAACAGAGAAGAAACAAAAGUCCAUCCUGUAUGAUGAACAGAGUGUCCAUAAAGUGGAGCCAAUCACUAAACACAUAGGCAUGGUCUACAGCGGCAUGGGACCUGACUACAGGGUUUUAGUGCGACGAGCCCGGAAGCUGGCACAACAGUACUUCCUGGUUUACCAGGAGCCAAUUCCCACGGGCCAGCUUGUCCAGAGAGUGGCCUCUGUAAUGCAGGAGUACACACAGUCUGGUGGAGUGCGUCCAUUUGGCGUGUCGUUGCUGAUAGCCGGAUGGGAUGAAGACCACCCCUACCUGUUCCAGUCAGACCCCUCUGGUGCAUAUUUUGCAUGGAAAGCCACAGCCAUGGGAAAGAACUACGUUAAUGGAAAGACAUUCCUUGAGAAAAGGUAUAACAAUGAUCUGGAACUGGAAGAUGCCAUCCACACAGCCAUCCUGACACUGAAGGAAAGUUUUGAGGGUCAGAUGACAGAGGAGAACAUUGAGGUGGGGAUCUGUAACGAGGCAGGCUUCAAAAGACUCACCCCAGCGGAGGUGAAAGACUAUCUGGCAGCCAUUGCGUGAACACACCAUCUCUGGUGACGGGGCUCUCUGGCCACAUUUCAAGACAAAGACACAACUGCGCAGUAGCCAAUGGUCUCAUCACUUAGCCUGUCAACCACAAUAUUUCCACAUUGUGUUAUGGUCAAACUUUUUCUGGCCAAGGAAAAAAACAACCUGAGGACGCCCACAAUAACUUAACCGUGUUGAAGAAUAUUAAUGUGACAUGACAGAAUCAUGCAGCCUGUUGAGAGGCUGCAUGAUUCUAUUAACUUGCCUCCAUCAGGGGGUGUGAGAUGGCAGAAUCAUGUUACAAUAACUAAUUGGCUUUGUUGUCUAACGCAUACCCUGGUAUUGUGAAAUGUGGCGGUUGGCUACUGUGCAAAUGAAAAGGAAUGUGGGCUCUGAUGAGUGAAAUCUCAAGUCUUCCAUUGAAUCCUAGUUUUCUUAUUGCUCAUUACCACUGCAAAGGCAAUGCACUGGAUUUUAGAAGACAAGCAUUGUUGUAUUCUGCAUUUGUUCAAAAUUCUACAGCUUGUUUAGGGUGAUAAAUGGCCUCUGGUUGCACAAAAAGCAAAUUAAAUAGAAAUGACACCAAGUCAAAGCCUUAGUUUUACAUCUGUCAGAGGGUGAUCUAAUUAUCUGGAAUCCUCAAACAACACUAGGAAGGAUAAACAAAAGGAAGCAAGUAGUGAGGAUCUAAUGGAAAGUUUUGAGAUUUUACAGUCAGGUUCUGGUUGCCUGUACAGCAGUUUUACAUGAUGUACUCUCUUUUUUUCAAGCUAGAAACAAUUCUAGAGUUUGUAUCUUCUUUUCUGGUAUCUGUCACUUAUUCCAAUAAAAGAUAAUGAUCAGA